ACGCAUGCGCCCUGGGCUGCUGAGGGGCCUGGAGCUCCUGCCCCGACUCCUGAGACCAGAAGACCCGUGGUCGCUGCCUCUGGAACUUCGGGGAAGCUUCUGCGGCCCAGUGUGACCCCCUCUCCCCGGCCCGGGCUCCCCACCCACCCUGGACCCCUGUGCACCCUCGGAGUCCUCACGCCACUCCCUGCGCCUGCAGCUAAGCCCUACCCCUCGGUCCCCUGGACAUUCCCCGGAGGGGCUGGAGAGGGAGGGUCAUCGCGGGUCCUGGUCCCUCGGCAGGCAGACCCUCGCUGACCGUGCCCCCCAGAAGGGGCCAGGAGGAGGAGAAGGAGAUGUCUCCCGUGUUCCCGGCGGCCAGCGCCCACCAGGGCCCUGUGACAUUCGGGGAUGUGGCCGUGGACUUCUCCCAGGAUGAGUGGGGGCACCUGGACCCUAAUCAGAAGGAGCUGUACCGGGAGGUGAUGCUGGAGAACUAUGGGAACCUGGUGUGCCUGGGACUCACAGUUUCCAAACCUCAUGUGAUCCAGCAGUUGGAGCGAAGGGAAGCACCUUGGAUGCCACAGGAAGGUGUCCCAAGGAGCUGUGGUCCAGAUUGGGAGGCUAAGCCUGAAGUCAAAGAGUCAUCUCCAAAGUUUGGCCUUUCUAGGGAAAAAUUGUCUGAGGAAAUGCUCAUGAAAAUUGGUGACUGUGUCUUCAAGUUAAGAGAAACCUGCAAAUUUGGUGCCGGGUCAGAAAGACAGCAGAGUAAUGAGGAGAAUCGUUUUCAGCCCACAACAUUCAUCCAGAAGAAUCCUCCCCACGGAGUACAAGACACUGAAUACAAUAAAUGUGGUAGAAUCUCCAGUCUAGGACCAAGCAUUUUCCCACAACCAGGAGGCGUAAGUGUGAAGAGUCUCCAUGAAUAUGACACAAAUCAAAGGCACUUUACUGUGUGUUCAGAUCUUCUGAAAUGUAAUAGAACUUGCUCAGAGGAGGUAUUUUCUAAUUAUCAUGAAUUUGGAGAUUCCUUUAAUUAUGAUUCAGACAUUAAAAAAAAUAGAUUCCAUUCUGAAAGGAAACCUCAUGAAUAUAAUGAAUGUGGGAAGGCUUUCCAUCUGACCUCGCAGCUUACACAGCACCAAUGCACAUCGUAUGCACAAAGGAACAUGUUGAGCUCAUCUAGAAACUUUACUGUCCACCAGAGAAUUCACAUUGGAGAGACACCAUAUAAAUGUAAGGAAUGUGGGAAGGCAUUCAGUCAGAGCAGAAACCUUACUCUCCAUCAGAAAAUUCACACUAGAGAGAAACCAUAUGAAUGUAAGGAAUGUGGGAAGUUUUUCGGCCAGAGUGCACACCUUAAUCGACAUCAGAGAAUUCAUACUGGAGAGAAACCCUAUGAAUGUAAUGAAUGUGGAAAGUUCUUCAAACAGAAGGCACAUCUUAUUGUACAUGAGAGGAGUCAUACUGGAGAGAAACCAUAUGAAUGUAAGGAAUGUGGGAAGUUCUUCCGACAGAAGGCACAUAUUAUCGUACAUCAGAGGAGUCAUACUGGAGAGAAACCUUAUGAAUGUAAUGAAUGUGGAAAGUUCUUCCGCCGGGGCACACAUCUUAUUCUCCAUCAAAGAACUCACACUGGAGAAAAACCAUAUAAAUGUAUAGAAUGUGGGAAGGUCUUUAGCCAAAGCAAUACACUUAGUCUUCAUCAGAGAAUUCACGCUGGAGAGAAGCCAUAUGAAUGUAAUGAAUGUAGGAAGGAGUUCAGUGACUGGUCAAACCUUAUUCAGCAUCAGAGAAUUCAUAGUGGAGAGAAACCUUAUUACUGCAAUGAAUGUGAGAAGGCCUUCAGUCACAGUGGAGACCUUACUCUGCAUGAGAGAAUUCACACUGGAGCAAAACCAUAUGUUUGUAGUGAAUGUGGGAAAACUUUUCGCCAGAGCUCAGCCCUCAUUCAACAUCAAAGAAUUCAUAGUGGAGAGAAACCUUAUGAAUGUAAUGAAUGUGGGAAAGCCUUCAGUCGGAGCAGAGACCUUACACUGCAUCAAAGAAUUCACACUGGAGAAAAACCAUAUGAAUGUAAUGAAUGUGGGAAGUUUUUCCGCCAGAGUGCACACCUUAUUCGACAUCAGAGAAUUCAUACUGGAGAAAAAACCCCAUGAGUGUAUUGAAUGUGGAAAGUCCUUCUGCCAGAGCUCAUACCUUACUAGAUAUCUGGUGACUCACACACAGGGGAAAUCUUAUCAAUGAAAUGAAUGUGAGAAGGCCUUUAGCUACAGCCAAAACCUUAUCCUCCAUCAGACAAUCCACACUCCAAGAGAAAUCAUAUGAAUAUGACAAAUGUGGGGUUUGUCAGAGUACACACUUUAUUCAACGUCAUAGAUACCAUGCUGGGAAGAAAACAUAUGAAUGUAUUGAAUGUGGGGAGACCUUCCAGAGCUCAGGCCUUAUUCAACAUCAGAGAAGGAAUACUAGGGUGAAACUCUAUAAAAGUAAUGACUGUGAGAAGACAUUCCUGCCUGAGAUGAGAACUUAUUCAUUCAACCAUAUAUUCAUUUUAGUGAAAACCUUAUGAAGGUCAUGAAUGAGUUCAUAUGUUUUGUCAGAAUAUAUACCUUUCCCUCAGAAAGUUUACACUAAAAUUUACACUUUACCUUACAAAGGUAAUAGAUGCAGGAGUCUUUGGGCUUGUCAUCAGAGACAGGAAUAUAACUGAGAAUUUUAGACCGUGACACCAACUCCUUCUUGUUUAGUUAAGUACAGAUAGUUUGAAAUCCUCACAUUUAGUUAAGACUUUGUAAUCCUACUUUUCAAAAGAGGGAACAUGGGGAGAUAGUAUCAGGGACUUUGUCAGUUCACUCAGAAUGAGUAGCAUUAGGGACCUCAGUGGCCAUAGAUCCCAUCCCAUCCCAUUCACAUUCACAGAAGGAGCCCUGGUUAUAACAUGCAGGACACAUGGUUGUCUGGCCUCUGCAUGAAGAUCUCCAGUGAGAAGGAAAGCACAUUCAGGGAGGAAAGCUAUUACAUCCCAUCCACUCCAGGCAAAGUCCUGACCCUUUCCUUAAUGUUUUUUUUCUCUAAAUGUCACUUCUCCUUAGCUUCCUCCUGAGUUAUGGGAUUCCUAACACACUUUCCCUAGGUCUUUGCCACUGUUUUAUAUUCCUUCUGUUACUUGGCCUUGCUUGUGCCUUGCACUUCUUUUUACAAUAUAAGUUAGUGAGUGAGUUCUCUUAACAUUCACAUAUCUCAUUGUAUCAUCUCAUUGGAAUUUUAGGCUUGAGUAUUUCCCAUCCAUCGUGGGCAGAUUUCCUUUGAAACAUUUUCAAGUAAUUCAUAAAUUAAGUGAAUUGGACUAUUAUGAGAAAUUUGUGGUCCUGUUGGUGUUAUUAGAACAAAAAAAUUUUAAUCCUCCCCUCAAGAGUUGAUAAUUCACAUCAUAUACAGUCCGUUUUUUGUUUGUAUUUUGAAAUGUUUUCUGAUGAUUUCAUUCCUAAUAAAAAAAGAGAAGAUGUUUGUAUUUU